UCUACGCUGUUCUCUCCUUCCCCAAGGCUGAUGAGAAGAACUGGCGUGUCCUCGUCAUGAUUGAGCAGAUUGUGGAAGAUAGGAAAAUCCUUGGAUCAGGCAACGAUGCCGACAAGCGUGCUCUUGUUGAGACCAUAUAUCGAGCUUCCCAAAAGACCUUUCAAUCUCCUCGCAUCCUGCGCUUCUUGUUCUUUGCACUCGUUGAGUUGGGUCAGUACGAUGAAGCAGAGCUAGCAUUGAAGGCGUAUUUGGAUCAGGUAGAAAUCAACCUCAAGGUCAAGUCAGGAGCAGGGAUUGUUGAUGAUCAACCCCUUACACACGAACAACGCAUUCGCCAAGAUACUGAAUCAGAUUACGACAUUGCAGUUGUUAUGGUGGAGGGUUCACGACUUUAUGGCAAGGAACUCGGAAAACCUACUGAGGCACUCUCAUGUGUGGAGCGUGCUCUUGCCAACAUUCAACAGAACUUACAAAAGGAGGAUACACACGAGCUGCUUUUCAAUGCAUAUAUUAAUCAGGGCGUUGCACAUUCUCUCCUGGCUUCCGAUGCACACGAGCCUGAAAAACGUCCUUCAUUAUAUACCAAUGCAAUUGAGUCGUUUGAAAAGGCUAUCGAGGUCUCACCAGAAGCCUUUGAGGGUCAUUACUACCUUGCUCUUCAAUUGGCAGAGAUGAGAGAGGUCUCCAAAGCCAUUGCUGCGGUCAAGCAGAGCGUGGCUCUCAAUGCAUCACAUAUUCCUUCAUGGCAUCUUCUUGCGCUGUUGCUAUCUGCACAAAAAGACUACGAGCGUGCAUUGAACAUCUGUUCUGUAGCGUUGAAGGAGUCUGACUGGGAUUUGCCACAGACGGAUGGGUUGUCAGCGUCUCAGUUGGAAGGAGAAGAUUAUCUUGCUCUUCGCAUCACACAGGCGGCUCUGCAAGAUCAACUUUAUGGCCCGGAGUCAGCGUUGGAACCGCAGGAAGCACUCUUUGUUCUCUACACUAAAGUUUUUGCACCCGAGCCGGGUUCAGUAGGCGAGAGUCUAUAUGACAUCCCCAAGACGAACUACGCCUCCUCAAUCACCUCCAUUGGCUCUGCUGGGUCCAAGAAAAAGAGCAAAACGAUUCCGCCUGCUGCCGCUGCUGCUGCUGCUGCUGCCGCCGCUAAUGCGGCAGCUAAUGCAGCAGCAGGAAAGACCGCCGCUCCUCAAGCUAUCCAACGGCCAAUAAUGAAAUCCGUACUUCGCACAGCUCGAGCUAAUCACGUUCUGGCUACGCUCUGGCUCAUGUCUGCCUCCGUGUUUAGACGAUUGGAUAGAAUGGAGGAAGCUCUCAAAGCGAUUGAAGAGGCUGAACGGGUCAAUGCUUCCAAUCCCGACGUUUGGUACCAGCUGGGUCUACUGUAUGCUGCGCAGGGUAAGCAAGAGACAGCAUCAGUCUCGUAUUCCAAAGCUCUUGCUUUAGCACCCUACCAUCCUGCAUGUUUGACCCGUGUAGGUCGAUCAUACUUGGAGACAGGCAGUGUAGAGAUGGCUGAGAGUAUGUUGGAAACAACCACAAAGUCUCGAGGUUGGAACUAUGCAGAGGCAUGGUUCUAUCUCGGAAAGGUCUUUGAAGCCUCUGAUAGGUUGGCUCGCGCCAAGGAGUGUCUCUGGUAUGCUUUAGACCUGGAGCGAUCCCGACCCAUUCGCGAUUUCACAGAUGCACUCCCAAGAUACCUGGCUUAAAAAAAAAAAAAAUACCAUUCCUUCCUCCUUUUUAUCCUUCGUAAUAUUCGUUUCGUUGCUAAUAUCUCUGUAAAAGAGACUACUAUCCUUUUCUCUUCGUAUAUCUUAACGAUGAGUUUUUUCUUUAAUGAACUUUUGGGUUGCUUGAUUUUUUUAUUUUUUUUAAUGAAUGAGAGUUAAUAAAGUUGGCAAAUCCACUGGCAA